UCAGUUGUCAUUGUCAUUUGUCAAGUAGCAAACAACGACAGCCAGCAGUGUUAAACUUAGCUGUAAUUUUUGAAUAAUAUAUAAACCGAAGACUUUAAUAUCGAAGGUUUAAACUAGAUUUUUUAAAGUUAUUAGAAUAUGAGAUAACAAUCAACCUUAUAACAAAGAGAAUUUGGGAAAUUCUGAAUAUGGCUGGUAAUUUUUGGCAAAGUUCACAUCAUCAACAAUGGAUACUGGAUAAACAAGACCUAGUUCGAGAUCGUCAACUCGAUUUAGCAAAGUUGUCGGAGGAAGAAUAUCAAAAAAUAUUUAACUUCUUUGCGAGCAUUAUACAAGUACUGGGCGAGCAAUUGAAAUUACGACAGCAAGUAAUUGCUACUGCGACUGUGUAUUUCAAGCGCUUCUAUGCAAGGAACUCGUUAAAAUGCAUAGAUCCAUUACUUUUAGCUCCGACGUGUGUUUUUCUUGCAUCUAAAGUCGAGGAAUUUGGUGUUAUAUCAAAUUCACGACUUAUUACGACAUGUCAAACUGUAAUUAAGAACAAAUUUAGCUAUGCAUAUGGACAGCAGGAAUUUCCAUACAGAACUAAUCAUAUACUAGAAUGUGAAUUCUAUUUACUGGAGAAUUUAGAUUGUUGCCUUAUUGUUUAUCAACCAUAUAGACCUCUUUUACUCUUUGUACAAGAUAUAGGACAAGAUGACCAACUCCUUACUUAUGCCUGGAGAAUUGUUAAUGAUUCUCUGAGAACUGACGUUAGCUUAUUGUACCCUCCAUAUCAGAUUGCAAUUGGGGCUCUACACAUAGCAUGUGUUAUGCUCGGAAAGGAGAAUUUAAAACCCUGGUUUGCUGAAUUGAAUGUUGAUAUGGAUAAAAUACAAGAAAUAGUCAGAUCAAUAAUUAAUUUAUAUGAAAUGUGGAAGAGCUAUGAUGAGAAAAAGGAAAUUCAAAGUCUUCUAGGAAAAAUGCCAAAGCCUUGUCCAGCUCCCCAAAGAUAAUACUAUUUAAUUAAAUCAAUUAUUUUUAUUGUAUCUGUAUGACAUAAUUGAUAAAGAAUUAAGUAUUUAUUAUUUGUGAUUUAUUUAUCCUCAAUUAAAAUUUAUAAUAUUAGUAUUACUCUUGGAAAAAAUAAUUAAAAGGAAUUGGUGGCCCAUAAUCACAACUCUCAAUCAUACCUGUAUCUUUAUACAAGAAGACUUGUAUACAGUAUGCUGCAAUAAGGUUGACUUGCCGUCUUGAACUGUUGUCCAAAACAAAAGUUUAAAUUAACUAACCCAAUAUUGAAAAUGAGAAAUAUAUAAGACUUAUAUUAAUGAGAAUUUGAUGUCUAAAUUUAAUUAGAAAACCUGUAAUAAGAAUUUUUACAUUGAGAAUUUUCUCUAUUGUACCUAUCUUAUAAGCUAUAUAUAAUAUGAAUAGAUCUAUUCACUCAU